CUUUUUCCUUCCCUUUCCCUCCUUUUAUCUCCGACCCGAUCAUCUCUGUUCCUUCUUCCUCAUCAUCAAUUCCCAUAGAUUUCCUCUCCCGAAAAAAGGAAAAAAGAACCCAUUUUAAUGGCUAAAACGUCCACUAUCUUCCUCUGCUCUUUCUCUUUCUCUUCCUUUCCUUCUCUUUCUCGUUGGAGAGAAACUAAUUCUUUCCUCCCUAGUCCCUUCAGAUUCUCCAAUCGUCCAUCUCCUUUCCUUCGGUUUUCUUCCAAACCUUCGGAUUCCGGCAACUUCCUUGGUGACGAUUCUUUCGGUUUCUUUCCUUGGUCCCCUGAUGACAACGAUUUGGAAUGGGUUCAAGAGGAGAGAGUCACUUUAUUCACUUCAGACGGACUAAUUCAAAUUGGAGGUUCAAUGGUUCCACGGCGUCUAUCUUCUUCUGAUAAGAAACAGGGGAAACUAAAAUCAUCUCAAAGAUUUCAACGGUUUCAAGAGAGUGAUUACAUGGAUCCUAACCAAGGCUUGUGUCUAGGUGCUCUUUUUGACAUUGCAGCAACAAAUGGACUUGACAUGGGCAGACGGCUUUGUAUCAUUGGCUUUUGCCGUUCCAUUGAGAUGCUUAGUGAUGUUGUAGAAGAUACUGUUUUAGAGCAUGGUGGAGAGGUGGUUGCGGCGGAGAAAGCCAUCAAAGGUGGUUUGCAUGAAAAGCUCAGCAUGACAGUUGCAGUGCCAUAUCUGUGGGGUGUUCCGCCUGCUUCCGAUACACUUCACCUUGCUGUAAGAAGUGGUGGAGGGAUUGUGGAGAAGGUUUAUUGGCAAUGGGAUUUUUUGUAAAUAAUUCAUGAAUUUCUUCUAACCUAUUACUUCACUAGGUUGUCUUCCAUUGUGCAUUCUGUACAUAAAAACUGUUGUAUUCCAUUGUACAAAACUGAAUAUUGUAUUCAAACUCACACAUCCAACAAGAUGGGUCCUCCGUCAAGCGGCUACGACAUCUUUCAAAA